AUGGAGGACAGCGGCCCAAAUAAAGAGCUAAAGCAGACACUGGAGCUUCCCCACCAUGAAAAGGAGAGCAAGGAAGAGGAGCAGAAGUCAGCCACAGAGAGCACCGAAGCCUCCAGCCAGUCCCCUGAGAAGUCUGAAGUGCAGAAGUCAAAGGCAGUGUUCACCCCACCCAGGACUCCCCCAAAGAGCACCUGGGAGGCUGAUACAGUAAAGGAUAGUGACAGUCCAGACCCGGCUUUGAGAACCCCCGAAUCAGACCCUCGCAGAGGUGUAGAGAUGCCAGCUGCACCUGAGAAAAGGAGCCAUGUGCUGUCCGGAGGUAGCCCCUUCACACCCAAAGGUAUGCUGAGUCCACCUGUGAUCUCUCCAUCAGGGAAGCUGCCCCCCAAAGGUUCCAAGCAUUUGAGGCUCACCCCAGUUCCCUUGCAAGAUGAGAAAAGCUCUUCUCUGGUUAAUAUCAAUCCCUUCACCCCAGAGUCCUACAGGAAACUCCUCCUUCAAUCUAGUGGCAAGAGGAAGACCCGAGGAGAUCUUGAGCAAGAAGAUCUAGGGGAAGACAGGACAGAAGGACUGCCUGCCAAGAAAUGUGUUCUUCAAGAAACCAACAUGGCUUUCCGUUAUGAAAAAGAGUUCUUGGAAAUAGAAAAAAUUGGGGUUGGGGAGUUUGGCACAGUUUACAAAUGCAUCAAGAGGCUAGAUGGAUGUAUUUAUGCGAUAAAACGAUCUACAGAAUCUUGUCUAGGACCAUUGAAUGAGAACUUGGCUCUGCGUGAAGUCUAUGCUCACGCCGUGCUGGGGCAUCAUCCUCACGUGGUCCGCUACUAUUCUUCGUGGAUAGAAGAUGGUCACAUGAUUAUUCAGAACGAGUACUGCAAUGGUGGGAGUUUGCAGGCUGCUAUAACUGAAAACAAAAAGACAGGCAAUCAUUUCCAGGAGUCGAAACUUAAGGACAUCCUUCUGCAGAUCUCCCUUGGGCUCAAGUACAUCCACAACUCUGGCAUGGUACACCUGGACAUCAAACCAAGUAACAUCUUUAUUUGUCAUAAGAUAAAUAAUGAUUCUCCUGUAGCUCCAGAAGAAAAUGAAAAUGAAGAUGAUUGGUUUCUCUCUGCCAAUGUAAUUUAUAAGAUUGGUGACUUGGGUCAUGUGACAUCAAUAAACAAACCCAAAGUAGAAGAGGGUGAUAUUUGUUUCCUGGCUAAUGAGAUUCUACAAGAGGAUUAUGAACACCUUCCUAAAGGAGAUGUGUUUGCUUUGGGAUUAACAAUAGCUGUGGCAGCAGGUGCAGAAUCACUGCCCCCCAAUGGUGAUGCAUGGCACCACAUCAGAGAGGGGAACCUUCCAGAAAUCCCACAGGAGCUCUCCAAAGAACUGCUAAGUCUUCUCAAGGAAAUGCUUCACCCUGACCCCAGGAAGAGACCUUCUGCAGUCGCUCUGACUCGAAGUCAAAUUCUCCGGCCAACCUUAGGGAUUACAGAAGAGCUCCAGAAGCAGCUUAGCUUGGAAAAAUUCAAGACAGCCUCACUGGAAAGGGAACUGAGGGAAAUCCAGCAAGACCAGCCACCUAUGGAAAGGCACAGUGACCCAGAAAGUCCUUCGACAUCCAUGGCAGGAUCAAGGAGCAGCAAACACCUGGUGGGAGGCAAGAGUGCGAAAUCCUCCCGUUUCACCUAUGGGGGCUAUUCUCCAUAA